AUGGCCAACUCUCUGCGGGCAGCGAUCGUCAAGGUCUUCUCGACCAAGUACUCGCUCACCCUACCGGCCCCGGCGAUGGCCUACAUCGAGCAAGUUCUGAUAGAGAAUGAAAUUGAACAGGACGAGUGGAACACUGGCCUCGAAUUCUGGGCGCGCGAGUAUCUCAAGGGAGAAGAUCCAUCACCUCUCGUCUCCUUGCCGGCCCUUAAGCGCGCGUACGAGAUCCUCCAGCUCGGCGCAACCGACGACACCCAGGUGGCGGACCCGUCUGAGAUCAAUGUGGAGGCGCACUUCUCUGUUGUCGACAGCUUUGACAUGCCUGCUGUGCACUUUGACGCCGUCCGCUCAGGCUUUACGACGUCCAAGACCAAGCCAUCAGAAGCAGGCCAAGCGGCGAGCCGAGCAUCGUACCUCCGAGAGCGAUGGAGUAUCAUCAAAGAGAUCCUCUCGCGACACGAGAACUUCACUCCACCUGCGCUCGGCGGACACGACCGUUCCAACUACUACAAGUUGACCUCCACUCGCAACCUUCUAGGCCGUGCCGGUCAGCUCUUCCUUCUCUUCGGCAUGCUCUCGCGCAACCCAGAGGGCCAGCUUUGUUUGGAGGACGGCGAGGGACGUGUGGUGCUGGAUAUGGCCGAUGCGAUGGCAGGUGAAGGUUUGUUUACCGAGGGCUGCAUGGUCCUCACCGAGGGUGAAUACACUAUCGACGAGACCUUUCGCGUGCUUGAAAUGGGUCAUCCCCCGAGCGAGCAGCGUGAGGUGGCAAGAGGACUGCAUGGGCAUGUCGAUUUCCUCGGCGGAGGAGCAGUGUCGUUGAAAGAGGAGGCCAAGUAUACGCCAACAGUUUUGGCCAACACUCAAGUGUCCUUUGUUGUUCUUUCGGAUGUCUGGCUUGACCACCCUCGAACAUUGGUCGCUUUGCGGCGCAUGUUCGAAGGCUAUGCGGAAGCGGUUGAGUACCGCCCAAUGGUGUUUGUUCUCUGUGGCAACUUUUGCCAGCGUGGCUGGGAAGGCGAGGGUGGCAUGAAGCGUUACAUCAGACCCCUCGACCCUUGGUCUUCAAGCACACUACCCCGUCCUGCGUUGCCAAGCACUUUCUCUGGUCGCCUGAUGCAGCGUAUCCCCAAGGCUCGUUUUGUCUCCAACCCCUGCCGCCUGCGCUAUUUUGGACAAGAGAUUGUCAUUUAUCGCGAGGACCUCAUGGGCCGAUUGCUGCGAAACCUGGUCCUCGUCAAGAAGACUGCGGACGAGGGGGCCGAUAUGAAGCGUUAUACUGUGCUCGACCAAGCCCACCUCUCUCCCCUGCCACAAAGCGUCCGCCCGACACUAUGGGAGUAUGACCACGCGCUGAGGCUGUACCCCAUGCCCACCGCUAUUGCGCUCGCAGACAAGUAUGAGCGUUACGAGAUCUCAUAUGAAGGUUGCCACGUCUUCAACCCUGGUCGGUUCGUUAGUGCCGGAACAGGCGGCGAGUUUGAGUGGAGCAUGUAUUACCCCGCUACUGGGAGGAGUGAGAGGAGUGCGUUGAGUCUUGACUAG